UUCAAUGCUGUCAUUUUUAUUUUGUGCUUGGUGGUUUAUCGAAAGAAAUGUAAAUUUUAUUCUUGUUUUGAGAAAAAGCUAAAGGAAUUUAACGAUUCGCGAUCCAGUAUUUUCGUUAAAGGCAUCAACAUGUCGUCUAUUACAGGAUCUUCAUGGGAAGAGAUGAGGAAGCAAGCUCGAAUGCUGGAAAAUGACAUAGACGUAAAGCUUGUAGCAUUCAGUAAAUUGGGAAUGAGCAGUGGCUCAUCAGGCCUGAGCUCGGAGAGUGCACCACUUAUCAGUAGUGAAGAUAUGUUCGAUACUAUGUCUAUGGAGUUACAACAGUUGUUGAAUAAGCUUUCAUCAAUAAAUGACAAAAUGGCAGAAAUGGCACCUGGAGGUGCUGCCACUAUGCACACAAUAAAGAGACAUAGAGAAAUUCUAAUGGACUACCAGCAAGAGUUCUCCAAGACCUCCGCUCGGGUGUCGGCGCGGCGCUCGCGCGAGGAGCUGCUCCGCGGCAGCAGCCCGCCGCCCGGCGCCGCCUCCGGCCUCAACCGCCGCGACCAGUACGCCAAGGAGGCCAACCACUUGCACAGCUCUCACAUCCUCGUGGACGAGCAGAUCAAUAUAGCCAUGGAGGCGCGCGAGCACCUCACGUCACAGCGGCAGACCUUCAAGCGCAUGCAGACGAGGUUCAACGACAUCACUAACAGAUUCCCGAUGCUGAAUAGCCUGAUGUUCCGAAUAAACGCUCGCAAGCGGCGCGACUCGCUGAUCGUCGGCAUAGUGGUGGCAGUUUGUACUUUCUUGCUCCUUCUAUACGCCUUCCACUAGAUGUGAAGUAGGUUUACACUGGUCAGUUGCGACAAGAGGUCCUUUUAUAAAGGAGAACUUUGAAUGUUGGAUUUUAAACUUCAUUUCAAGGGUCCGUACGUCAAUAGUAAAUGGCACUCUCAAAACCCUUUUUCUCAAGGACCAAGACGAAUAUUUUUCGUUAUACCACAUUUUUGACAUUACAAACUUAAUUUUGUAGUCAGUUAAAUUCCGAGCAGAUAGAAUUUCGUCCAAUGACCCCAAGCUACCCAUCCUUAUCGCUGUAUAGUGUGCGAGCGCGACAGAAAUAUAUUUUUUAGUACUAAAGUCCGGUCGCCGCGGACGUACUGAAAAAAUAUCUUUCAACUGAUUAAGUCAAGGCUGCAAGACAAGCCUGGAACAGAGUGGUUACGGAACCUUUAGUGCGCAUAUCCAACUCGCGCUUGACCGAUUUUUUGUUAAUAUGUUGCCCGUGCAUGUGGCCUAUUUGUGUCCAAUAAUUUGAAUUUUUUUGCUGAUCCAGAAAAAUCAUUUUGGGUUGGUCAAACGGCAGAAGUGUUUGCAUAUUAAUUACUAGUGUGUCAUGGUUAAGUUCAUUUGACAUAAUUUUGAGUCAUAGACAACCCAAGGGAAAAAUACAUUCCUCGCGAAUUUCAUGAAUGCAAAAACACUCAAUAAUUUUAAAAUAAUUUGCAUUUUUACUUAUA